AUGGACUCAAUCGACCACAAGGACACCCCGUUUUCCGUCAUCGUUUACGAGACUGAGAAGCAUCAGCGCGCAGACUUGAUGCUGAGCGGCGAGGUGUGCAGACGCGUGCGGGCGACACUGUCAUUCGCAAGAUACGCUACUCCACACGUUCAUUUCGCGUCUGAAUUGUCGGCACUGGGUGGAAACCGGAGCCUCGUCAGCACCGUGGAUUUCAUUGAAAAACAUUCGCCGAUCGCCCAAGUUCCGGUAGCUCGAGUCAAAGCGAUCGACGUCGAGAAUUUCGAAGACACUCGACUUGCGGGCCAAGAGCAGCGACUGCUUGCCCCGACUGAAGAACUUGUGGAGCUUUAUGAACCAGGUCUGUUUUGGACCACAUUUGAGGCGUGUGUGCCUGCCGAAGAAGUACACCUUACUCUACAGAAGGCUCUGCGAGAUGAAGUCAUCGAGUACACGUGCUGCCCCAAAUGGGUUAUCAUCGCGUUCACUUUGUUCGAGGAUGAGGAAGUAUAUUUCAGCAUUCAGGUGUACCGUUGGGAGAUCACGAAAGCGGUUCAAGUGGGGUCCAAGUACAACUAUUUGCCGGUGCGCUGUACUCCUCGUACUGUGACUGGGGAAAACUGGGUUUUGACACGGACGCUUUUGCUUUUACCAUACGCAGCAAGAGAGUCACUUCAAGUUUCAAAACAACGAGUUGUCGACUGGCAGUUUGGGCAGGAGUAUCCGGCGUCGUGCUCGGAGAAGGCAGACAAGCUCGAAAUUUUGGUGGCCAAUCUGGCACAACCCUCCUGUCCACGCACCAUGUUGAUGAUGAUGCUCAAGAACUUGUGCCAGUACGAGGCAAACCGCCGCACACUGCUGAAGCAGUUCAAGGACGAAUUCGUAGCAAUUUUGCAGUCGAUGCUGAACGAUCCGGAUCAACACAUCGUGCGGUUCGCCGUCUACAUGAUCCAGAACUUCGCAAAGAACCCCGCAGAUCUCAAAGCGCUGGAGCUUCCCGAGUCGACCGAAACACUGGAGAAAUCGUGGUGCAUUCGACGAGACCAUCGACCCAAAAGGUUGCUUACCUCGCUGGAGAAUCCUGAACACUGA